CUGUUUAUACUUUGUAACGUGGCGCGAUGGCGUUAAUUGCCACCAGGGGGCGCUCAUCAACAAACCUGAAAGACUUGUGUGGGAAGAGCUGCAUCUGUACAGAAAGCGCUACAUUUUCAUUAAAAGUCGGUCAUUUGCUGCCCUUUUUGUUAAAACUUCACGCGAUGAAUAUAUAUUUUUGUGGCAGUACCAGGGGAGGAAGACAGGAUGUGAAGAUUUAUCAAAAAAUUGUAAAGAAAUUGCAGACCUAUGGACAAGUAUUGAGCCACGAUGAUGUAUCUGAGAAAGGUCUGUCAGCUGACCAUCAGAUAACUGCCCUGCCGACUCAAACGACAUUUUUGAAAACUGUAUAGGGAAAUGUGUGGAGAGAGAGAGAGAGUGUGUGUGAGUGAGUGAGUGAGUGAGUGAGAAGAGAGAGUGAGAGUGAGGGAGUGAGAAGAGAGAGUGAGGAGAGAGAGAGUGUGAGUGAGAAGAGAGAGUGACAGUGAGUGAGUGAGAAGAGUGAGUGAGUGAGUGAGUGAGAAGAGAGAGAGUGAGUGAGAAACUAAUUGAUUACUGAGCAAUUUUAUAUUAUUAUAUUUUUUCAGAUUGAAUGUCACCGCUGCAGGUGGUUCCAUGUGACGCGCCUUUCCAUGUCAGAGAAGCAGUUCAACACGGCUCAAAAAGUUGACAGUAAAUGCUGUGAGGAUGCUCUACCGGGAGGAGACGAGGCGAUUUAUGACCGUGAUAUGGAGUGGCUGGCUCAGUCUGAUGUCGUAGUUGCUGAAGUAACCCAACCAUCUUUUGGUGUGGGUUAUGAAAUCGGUCAAGCCAUGGCCAUGAAAAAGAAGAUUCUCUGCCUUUUCCGGCCCUCAUCAGGGAAAGUGCUGUCUGCCAUGAUACAGCGCGCUGAGGGCAAGUUGGGCAGCUCUAUUUUCCAGGUACGGGAUUAUGUGGAAGAGGAAGUUGAAGGCAUCCUGGAGAAUUAUUUUGGUGAACUCACCAAGAACUAAUGUGCAUUAAAAAUACACUAUAUGGCGAAAUGUAUGUGAACACCUGACCAAUGACAAGUAGAUGUUCUUGUUGAACAUCUCUUUCCAAAACCAUGGCCAUUAAUAUGGAGCUGGUCCUCACUUUGCUUCUAUAACAGUGUCCACUCUUCUGGGAAGGCUUUCCACUAGAUUUUGGAACGUGGCUCUUAGGAUUUGUCCAUUUAGCUACGAGGUCAUUAGUGAGUGCGGGCACUGAUGUUGUACGAGUAGGCCUGGUAGACUAUUGGCAUUCCAAUUCAUCCCAGGCCAGGGCUCUGUGCAGGCCACUCGAUUUCUUCACAAGUGAAGGGGAAUGGUAAUGCUAAUGCUACAGCAUAAAAAGACAUCCUGUAUAACUGUGUGCUUUCAACUUUGUGGCAAUAGUUUGGGGACGAACCACAUAUGGGUUUGAUGAUCAGGUGUCCACAUACUUUUGGCCAUAUAGUGCAGAUCAUUCAUAAUGUAAUGAGUAAUUUCAUUAUCCAGCUCUGGAUAGAACACUUUUUGUAAGUAGUGAUUUUCAGUUUAACAGAGACGCUUAAUUUUUAUAUAAAUUACUGACACAUGAUGUACAUGUAUUUGUUUUUUAAAUAUGUGUGUCUCUCAAAUUUAAAUAUUUAAAACAAGAUUCCACAAGCAUAAAAACAUUGUGAUAUUUUCUAUUGUAUUAAAGUGUUACUGUUUAUUCUUUUUCCACA